CGAUAAUUAUUUAAUGCUUUAGCCCACAUCAUUGCUGCAAUUCAAAAUACUGGACAUAUUGAAGCCCCAAGAUCUGGUGAUUGCUGUACGUACAAUGCCACAAGGCGAUAUGGCCACAAUGGGCCAUCGACAUGUCCUAUGCGAUGGGUGUCAGCGACACGAGUUUCCUGGCCGCAGAUACCGCUGCCUGCGUUGCCGCAACUACGAUCUGUGCGGGGACUGCUACGAUCAAUGUGUCCAGACCGAGCACCAUCUGAUGGAUCAUCCCAUGCAGCUGAUACUGCUGGAACCGCAGUCAGUUCCAGAGCUAGCGAGUGACAGCGAUGCCGUGGAACAAUUGCACAUGUCCAACUGCUACACCUGUCCGUAUUGCAAGGUAAUGGGCUAUACGGCCAAGGGCCUCAUCCAGCAUGUGUACGGACUGCACAGCGAGGACGAUAGCUAUGUGGUGUGCCCCAUGUGUGCCUGCGCGCCGGCAGCUAAUCUGAGAACAAUGCAGAAUCUAUCACGUCAUCUACUGACCAAUCACAUUGACUAUGCGAAUUUCCUGGAGCCGAAUACACCACCGCUGCCCGCACUACCGCCAGAGGCUGCCACUAGCUCGAGACGAUUACGACGACGGAAUUACACGCGUCUGCUGCAGCAGCAGCAACAGCAACAGCAAGAGGAUGCUGCCUACGCGCAAUUGGUUAAUACCGGACAAUUCGCUACUGAUGAUACAUUUCUCGAUCUGUCCAAUGUGCAAAUAAGCAACGACUUAUUGAAUAAUCUACGCAGUCUUUAUUCCGACGAAGAAAUUGCCAACAUGACGGGGAGUAGUGCAUCAGCUUUGAACCCUACUGGAAGAACCAGUUCGCCUCCAAGCACUCCAAUCACUCCGGUGGUUCCACACCCAGAGAAACCGAAAAAAGAACGCCGCCCUAAGGCAGAUCGUUGUCUACUAACUAAAUGGAUGGCUGGCCAGCAAAAGCAAUGGAAGAUCUCUUCAAAAGCUAGCAAGACCCGGGAGAAACAGGCACUCUUUACCGAACAGAUACUCCUCUCGAUGAUGUGUGAUAAGCAUUUGGAGCUGCCGGAGAUAGAGCCAAUUGACGAUACAUUGGAAUUGAAGCUGUCCGAAACAGAGUCAAUCGAAACCAUCGAGCCGAAUCAAUCCGAGACAGAGGAGCCCCUGAAAACUGGAAAGGUUCUAGAGCCCAUGGUAGCUGAAAAUGAUCUGACUCGCCUGAAAACUGAAAAGGAUCUAGAGCCGAAGAUAUCCAAGGUCAUGUCAUUGAUGGCCAUACCCUGGACCCAGGCCUUUAUGGCUUCUCAGACGAAUGAUUGUAAUAGCUCGGCCAUAAAGCAGUUCAUUCAUCUGAUAGGCGCAACUACAGAUGAGACCCAAGUGGAUGAAAUUAAUCAGGAGCCUUUAGAUUGAAGCCAACCUCCUGACAUUUAAUGGCUAUUGCUGUUUUCUUUUUUUUUUAAUGAUUUUUCUGAGUUUCCAUUGCACAAAACACUUGAAAUUUAUUGUGAUAGUGAAGUUAAUAUGGAUUAUUUUUCGGUCUUUAUGAAAUGAUAUAGGGUUUUGUGAAACUAGGAUUCUAGCUUAG